CCUGCAAGAGAGGGAGGGGGGAAAAGGUUAAAAGGGACAGAGAGAUGAUCAACAACAGAUUGCCUUCUCUCGAAACACCGUACUUGUGUUUUCGGACUAUUUUGUGUAUGAUAACACUUCACGGCGAUUAAUACAUUAAAAAAUAAGUUUUCUUUUGCAAAGCAAAGAUCAGAAUGGAAAAUUAAUCUACUCUGCUCUCUGAGGCUGAAGACACUGACUCGAGGGGCGCUGUGAUUGGACAGAGCGUUGGGAGCGAUGUCGGGGACAGGCUGCAGCAGCAACAGCGUUCUGCAGGCGCGGAGGGUGGUGGAGCAGCUGAGGGUGGAGGCCGGCAUGGAGAGGAUCAAGAUCUCCAUCGCAGCGGCUCAGCUGGUGCAGUACUGCCAGGAGCACGGUCGAAGCGACCCCCUCCUCACCGGCAUUGCCACCUCCGCCAACCCCUUUAAGGACAAGAAGACCUGCGUGCUGCUGUAGUGCCGCUUGAUGCUGGGUCACCAGGGGAGAUCGAAGACACCAGCUACCUCCAGCCCCACACCACCAGGGCCAUCUCAACCCUCCAGCCCCACACCACCAGGGCCAUCUCAACCCUCCAGCCCCACACCACCAGGGCCAUCUCAACCCUCCAGCCCACACCACCAGGGCCAUCUCAACCCUCCAGCCCCACACCACCAGGGCCAUCUCAACCCUCCAGCCCCACACCACCAGGGCCAUCUCAACCCUCCAGCCCCACACCACCAGGGCCAUCUCAACCCUCCAGCCCCACACCACCAGGGCCAUCUCAACCCUCUAGCCACACCCGCCAGGGCCAUCUCAACCCUCCAGCCCCACACCACCAGGGCCAUCUCAACCCUCCAACCACACCCACCAGGGCCAUCUCAACCCUCUAGCCACACCUGCCAGGGCCAUCUCAACCCCUCCACCCACACCGCCAGGGCCAUCUCAACCCUCCAACCACACCCACCAGGGCCAUCUCAACCCUCUAGCCACACCCACCAGGGCCAUCUCAACCCUCCAGCCCCACACCACCAGGGCCAUCUCAACCCUCCAGCCCCACACCACCAGGGCCAUCUCAACCCUCCAACCACACCCACCAGGGCCAUCUCAACCCUCUAGCCACACUCCGCCAGGGCCAUCUCAACCCCUCCACCCACACCGCCAGGGCCAUCUCAACUUCCAGCCCCACACCACCAGGGCCAUCUCAACCCUCCAGCCCCACACCACCAGGGCCAUCUCAACCCUCCAGCCCCACACCACCAGGGCCAUCUCAACCCUCCAGCCCCACACC